CUGGGAAAGUACACAACAGAUUUCUGCAUCGCCUGAGAAGAAGCAGAGCCGCUCAGACCUCGGAUUUGUACUGAGAACAGCUGAUGACACCGUCAUAGAAACACACCGCUGUGUUCCGACCAUGGAGAAACCUCCGUUCAGACAGAACCAGGACUGCGGGGACUGGCAGCUGAAGGAGAGGCUGGGGAUGGGGGGCUUCGCCCAUGUUUACCUCUACCAGCAUCGGGUGAGCAGUGAGAAGCUGGCUGUGAAGAUGUGCCGUCUGGAGCUCACGCCGCGGAACAAGGACCGAUGGAGCCGAGAAAUCCAGAUCAUGAAGAAAUUAAAUCACAUCAACGUGGUGACGGCUCAGGACGUCCCGGAGGAAAUGGAGGCCAUCGCCCUGAACGACCUCCCCCUGCUGGCCAUGGAGUACUGCUCCAGAGGAGACCUGAGGAGGGUUCUGAGUAAACCGGAGAACUGCUGCGGCCUGAUGGAGAGCGAAGUCCUCUCCCUGCUCAACGACGUCGGAUCUGGGAUCCAGUAUCUGCACGAGAACAAGAUCAUCCACAGAGACCUGAAGCCGGAGAACAUCGUGCUGCAGGACAUCAACGGGAAGCUGGUCCAUAAGAUCAUCGACCUGGGCUACGCCAAGGACCUGGACCAGGGCAGCCUGUGCACCUCCUUCGUGGGAACGUUGCAGUACCUGGCUCCGGAGCUCUUCGAGAACAAGCCCUACACCGUCACCGUGGACUACUGGAGCUUCGGCACCAUGAUCUUCGAGUGCAGCUGCGGCUUCCGGCCGUUCCUCCACAACCUGCAGCCGGUGCAGUGGGCCAGCAAAGUGAGAAACAAGGGUCCGAAGGACAUCAUGGCCGUGGAGGAGCUGAACGGAGACGUCCGCUUCUCCACCCACCUGCCGUACCCCAACAACCUGAGCAGGACGCUGCUGGAGCCGAUGGAGGCGCUGCUGCAGCUGAUGCUGAAGUGGGAUCCGGUGCAGAGGGGCGGAGAGAUGAACGCCGACACCAAGAAGCCGCUGUGCUUCUACGUCCUGGAGCAGAUCCUCAGCAUGAAGGUGGUCCACAUCCUGAACAUGACCACAGCCCAGGUCCACUCCUUCCAGCUGACCCCCGACGAGAGCCUGCACAGCCUGCAGAAACGCAUCGAGGCCGAGACCAAGAUCGAGGUGGCGAACCAGGAGCUGCUGCAGGAGACGGGCGUGUCGCUGGACCCCAGGAAGCCCGCCGCCCAGUGCGUGCUGGACGGAGUGAGAGGCUGGGACAGCUACAUCGUCUAUCUGUUCGACAAGAGCAUCACCAAGUACUCCGGCCCCUUCAGCGCCAGGCGGCUGCCCGAGCAGGUCAACACUAUCGUGCAGGAACCCAAGACGCAGCUCCCCCUGGUGGUGCUGAAGAAGGUGUGGGGCGAAGCUGUGAGCUACAUCUGCGGCCUGAAGGAGGACUACAGCCGGCUGUUCCAGGGCCAGAGGGCCGCCAUGCUGAGCCUCCUGCGCUACAACACCAACCUGACCCGCUACAAGAACAGCAUGUUCGGCUUCUCGCAGCAGCUCAAGGCCAAGCUGGACUUCUUCAAGAGCAGCAUCCAGUACGACCUGGAGAAGUACAGCGACCAGAUGCAUUAUGGGAUCUCUUCCGAGAAGAUGCUGAAAACCUGGCAGGAGAACGAGGAGAGAGCGGCGGCCUUCGCUCAGGUGGCGGAGGUGAGCCACCUGGACGACGAGAUCCUGGCUCUGCACUCAGAGAUCGUGGAGCUCCAGAGGAGCCCGUACGCCCGGCGCCAAGGAGACAAGAUGGAGCAGCUAGAAGAAAAGGCCAUUGAGCUCUACAAGCAAAUGAAGAUGAAGUGCAAGAUGCCCGACUCAGACGUGAGCAGCGACAGCUCGGAGAUGGUGAAGGCCAUCAUCCAGACGGUCCAGAACCAGGACAAGGUCCUCAAAGACCUCUUCACCCACCUCAGCAAGAUCCUGAGCAGCAAGCAGAAGAUCAUCGACUUGUUUCCGCGCAUCGAGAAAACCCUGGAGAGCAUCAAGGACGCCGACAGCACGGUGAUGCAGAUGCAGAUGAAGAGACAGAAGGAGUUCUGGCAUUUACUCAAGAUCGCCUGUGCUCAGAACUCGUCUCGGAGCUCCAUCGCGGUGAGCCCGGAGCUCUCCAACCUGCUGCAGGUGUCUCCGUGGUCGCAGUCGGCUCAGCCCGUCAGCUCGCCGCACCCGCUCACCUCGCUGCCGGGGCCCAGCGACAGCGACGCGGCUCCCAGGCUCCUGCAGGAGAACCAGAAGUACCUCAGCCAGCUGACCAGCCUGAUGCAGGAGGCGGCAGACGAGCAGGCCAAGAGCAUGGUGGACCAAGACUGGAGCUGGACCAAAUACGAAACUUUAACCACAAAGUUAAAAAAGCGAAACGCGUAAGAACGGCGUUUUUGCCUUUUUUUUCUUUUUGUUUUUUGGGUGGGGGGUCGUCCUUCCUCCUGAGCUCUGAGUAACACUAACAGGCUGAGCGAGUUGUACAGCUGGACAUGGACUGUGAGAGCAGCGGCUCUCUGAGCGUCGUCCACAGGAAGAAGAAGAAGAAAAAAAGGCCUGCUGGCUGCUGUCUGUCGUCUCGCGCCGUCUCCUUUUUUAUACGACAAAACUUCUUCAUUUCCACCCACUUCAGUUUUUACUUGUUACAAAAAAAAAAAAAAAGAAGCAAACUGUAGCAUCAGAUGUGUGGACGGUCGAGGUGGGUGGGGGUGGGGGGGGGCAGGAAGUGAGUGGCGGGAGGGGAUGGGGGAGCGGGGGGUCGAUGAGGAAAUCACAAUCAGCAGACGGAGCUUUGAUCCUCCCCUCUGAAGAUAAAACGCUCUCAUCUGGACUUUCACAUGCAGUGUAAGUAUCGUCUGUUUUUUUUUAAAAGAAUCACUGUUGUAUAAAUAUAUAUAUGUAUAUGAAUCUCUGGCAGGCAGGAGUGUGUCGUCACGAUAUAAAUGUGUGUGUGGACGGGGCGUGGCUGGCCAUUCGUCUGUUUAUAUUGUACAUGGGUGUGUUUAAACGGCGGGCGGGUUUCAUCGCCUCCUCUCUGUGAAACACAGCGGGGUUCGUAACGCUGCGCGGAGCUGAAACAGUCCCAGUUCAUGAAGAGAUGAAGAAACUGCUCACUACAGGAUUUAAAGGAACGUCUGGUUCACCAUCGCAGCAGGAAUCAAACAUAAAGAAGCUUCAAAUAAGUUAAAAAUGUAACAAUAUUCAAAGAAAACUUAAAGAAAGUCACAAUUUACUGAUUCUCACUUAGACUCUGUCUUAUUCAGUUUAAAUGGAAGAUCAGUGUAACAGUUUUAUAUUUCUCAUUUUGACGUUCGGAAAAAGAAUUAACAAGCAGGAUAUGUCUUGAGGUAAUAUUUUGAGAUUUUGUUUGAAUUUGCUGCUUUUCUUUUCGUGUGAACGUGAACCAAACCAAACAAACCGUGAAUUCUCAGACGCUCUGGAGCUGAUUAUAAAGAACACUUCAAAGAUUUCUCUGGAAAAAAAGUGUGUGUUGCCUUUAGAAAAUGAUGAUAAAUGACCACCGUCCUGUUCAAAUGGGAGCCACUGCUUAUUUAUUUUGAUUUAAAUGUUGAGAAUUGAAUGUUUCUGACAAAUGGCGCUUGUGCACAUGCCCAUAUUUCCAUAAAUGCGUUGUAUAAAUCAGAUUAUAAAGGAUGUUUGAUUCAGUGGUUCAGAUAUAAAUUACAAUUAGCUGCUGCUGUCAUGUUGAUCUCAGAAAUGAGAGAAUUCGUUGCGUGUCUUCAUCAUUUCUGACCACAAACAGCCAGACGCGGAUCCGGCGGGGCUCAGUUCCCUCAAACCCGAUAAAGCAGGGAGAUAACAAACCGUUUUCUGAAGGAACCGUCUGAUAAAACCACAGUUUCAGCUCUUGCCGUCAGACUUGACCGGUCGUUUUAAUGCACCUUCUUGUGAGGCGUUCGGGGGAAACCGUGAGCGUGGGACGUUCGAGCGUCGGGUUUAAAACGGACUGAAAUGAACCCCGUGAGUCGUUUUUUAUGAAGGUCAAGUGCAAUGAUGGCCGGAGCCUUUAUUUUGUAUUUAACUACGUGGAUGCUGUCGGUUUUACUUCUGUUUCCAUCGGACGGUUUGAAUUCGUCCCUGAAUGUUUGACUUGUAGAAAUUUCAUUGUAUGACGAUGACAUGUUGACCUGGUAAUAAAAUGAAAAACUUGAGCACGA